AUGGCGGGAACGUUAAGUCGCUUCUUCAAGUCGGCGUCGAGUUCAGGGGCUUUUGCAAGCAUUUACAAUAAUGUGCAACUGCUUCAGACGUCACAGAAAUUAUACGAUCAAAUUCUGCCGUCUGCAGCAACAAUCGGCGUAGACGAGAGCAACACACGCAGUAAGGAAAGCGAACCAGAUAAGAUCUGGGCCUUAGUAGCAAUUGUGGCUACCGGCAUGACGCAAGAGAUUAAAUUGGAACAAGCAGAAACUGAGCAAGAAUUGACAGAUUCAAAGACAACAUUAAAUUGGCAUUUAGUGCAGUUGCUAGCCGAGGCAGAUGUCGGUUUGCAAGAAUUUCUGCUCUACUUGACAAGUCUUUUCAAUCGUCUUUUACUCGAGCCAGAGCUUAUUACGGCUACUACAUUGCUCAAAGAAGAUUUUACAAUUGCCACGUUACUUUUUGAAAAAUAUCGCAUGCUUUGGGAGAAGUUUGUGCCCAAGUCCAAGAAAUCGCUUUCUACGUCAGAUCCCGAGCCAGAGAGUGAUGAUUCACAGCAGAGAGAGCAAAAGGCAUGCACACGACACCAAAACCUCUUUGAAAGUGGAUGGUUGCUUUUUAUCUUGGCAAAACGAAGACUGGGAGCGCAUUAUUCCGGACUGGGACAAUUGUAUAAUUUGCUACUGGCCACGCUGCAUCUGGUGAUUGCAAAUGCUCAAGCGUCUCAAGCGACAAUUGAAAUGGAAGUAGCAGCUGCAUUAAGUGCGAUGGGAGCGCUAGGAGCGGACAACGCGUCGCCUUUAAAGACCGCAGCAGGAGUGAAGACAAGUGCUCAGAUCUGCGAAGCCCUUUGUUCUGUACCCAAAGUGAACUCGACGGAUGUUUUUCGAGCAUCUGAACACUUGGGGCUUGUACUUGUGCAAUUACGAGAAGAAAAUGUGCUGCAAAUAGAAGCAGGGAAACAACCUAUACUGAGUAUGACGCUAUUUGCCGACAAUGUGCUGGAAGCUAAUGUAACAAGAUUAUAUGAGAGAUAUGAGAAAGAUUAUUUGGAUGGAUGUGGCAAAUUGGAUGAACGUUUUUAUCUGGAUAAACGUAUUCGAUGUAUUAUUAUGGGAAGAAAUGGCGCACAUAAAGAGAAUGAACACGACUCUUUGAGCUUAUGUGGAACGGAAUCAAAUGGCAACUGCAGUACCAGUCGAAGUGCGAUAUUAUCACCGGUACGCCGUAAUAUGCAUGCUCGAAGACAAGAAAAGAAAAAUGGAAUUGGAUCUUCAAUUUCAAUGACAAGAGGAGUGAUGACGCCGCCCCGCCAUCGCCAACUUCCGUAUGGAACAAACUCUCCUUUAAUACAUUCGUGGCAAUGGCAAGGAUCUCCAAGAAAUGUGCGUUUGAUCGCGCCUAGUCUAAGUCCAUGCCCAUCUCCAUCAAGCAUCCAAUCACCAGUCACGACCGCAGUCGAGAUCAAUAAUUUGGUGCGAGAGGUACUUUCGAGCACCAUGUUGACACCCGUGACACCACAGCUACGUCAAUUUUUUGCAGAUUGUGUGGUAGAUCCGACAGAACGCAUAACCCGCGUAUUGAACGAACACUCAGACUUGCUUCUAGCUGCACGAAAUGCAAGUCAGGUCACGUCAGGAAAUGUGCCUUCAACUGCGACAAUGGUGCUUGACUUUGAACAAGACUCUACGACAAAUGAAAUUGGCAGCGAGAAAAAUGCAUUUUCUUCAUCUGGUCUGGAUGACACUUUGAAACGCAUCAAGAAUUUGACGAUCGUACUUUUUUACCGUGUAUUAGAACCAUUGCUCUUGUCCGAGCGUAAACGACUGCGCACGACAGAUUUUUCAAAACUGCUUAAUAAUGAGGUCUUUCUUGCUGCGCUAUUUGCGUGCAGUGCGGAAGUGGUGCUGAAAGCGCAUUCUCUCAUUACGAUUUCGUACCCGUUUUUGCUGGAACAUUUGCACGUAAAUGUUUUCCACUUUGUAACUACAAGUGAAAGUUUCGUCAAGUACGCACCAAAGCUUCCGUCUGCCUUAAAAAAACACAUGAGUGAUGUCAAGAAUCAUAUUCUAGAUUCGGUCGUAUGGAAAUCGAGCUCUGCGCUUUAUCAGCUUCUUCCUCAAAGUAAGGACCGGUCAUCUGAUUUAAAUACGUCUUGCAUGACCGACUCUUCGAACAAAGUUGCUCCAAUUGCUUACGCACCCGUGCUUCGUCUCUUCUUUCGCAUGGUGUUCUCACGUGCAGCCUCAAGAAUCUAUCAAUAUUGCAAUCUUUUGAAUCUGGACGCUACUGACCAAAGCCAUAUCUGGACAGUUGUGAAAGAAUGUAUCUCCUCUCAUCAGUAUCUCUUGCAAAAUCGUCAUCUGGACUUGAUCGUACUGUGCAGUAUAUAUGGUGUAUGCAAGGUAUCUCGUGGGCCUAAUGUGUCCAAAGCAGCAGCAACAGUUUCGUUUAAAAAAUUAUUAGCAUGUCACAAGCAACUUAGCAGGCAAACAUCAACUGAUUCAAAGUCAAUCGUAGGCACUCAAUUUGUGUCGUCACGCACUGGUGAGGGAGUGACAUAUGGAAUUCCUUUAGAAAAUGCAUCAUUGAAAGGAGAUAUUAUCAAAUUCUACAACCGAUGCUUCAUCACACCCAUGAAGGUUUUUAUUCUUCAAUUUCAAUGUCACGAGUCGCAAAUGGCUGCGGCUGACGCUAUCGUAGCCAAUGCUUCAAGUGCGUCACAAGCACUUCCUCCAGGUUUUAUGAUCCGAAGAGAAGGUACGAUGGGCUUAACCGCAUUGACAUCGGAUGCUGAAAGUAUUAGCUGCGCCGCCUCAGACGCCGUCCGGAAGUUUUUUGAACCACAAAUACCAAGUACGGGCACAAUUCAUGACACGAGUAAAUUUGCCCCAAGCACCCCUCCGCAUUCUCUUCAUCGUCAAUCCUCACCGUUUUUAUAUUCGCCAGCUGCCACAGCUCUCCAAAUGUUCACCACAGCUGAAGUUCAAACACUACCAGUAUCCAUUUAUCAGACGUCGCCGAUGCGUGUCAAGUCUUCGAAUAUUUUUAUGUCUCCGCUGCAGCAAGUUCGUUUAGAUCGACGUUCUGAUUUAACCCCACGGUCGCACGCCUUGUAUGCGAUUGGUGAGAGCCCGGCACGCAAUUUGGCGUUAAUAAACCGCGCAGUUAACACGGCACCAGCCAAUCUGCGACGUGUCCGUGCACCGAAUCUUGUUAUGGACAGCGACACAGAGCAAGACUCGACUCGAGUCUUGAGCAACAGCUACUCCUUGCUGAGAUCUACAAAGCCUAAUCGCUUACAGAUCACAUUGAAUACAUUGUCGAUCAUUCGUUUUGUUUGCGCAAAAUUUAAGAUCGAAUGA